GAGGACGCAGGGGAGGAGUUUCUACAGGGCGCCCCACGGUUUGCUUGGCGAAGGUCUCCGUCCCACCCCCGCCCCUACUCCCGCUUUUCACUCCGGCGAGCCUUGGAGCGGCGGGGGCCCGACUUCUCAGCCGCCGAGGAUCAUGAGGGGCGCUUCAGUUUGCUUGGCAGUUCUGCUGGCGGUGGGCUCGCGCUUCAGCCUCGCGUACCAAGGAUCAGGAUAUUCACCAAUAGAAGAUGAUGAAGAUGUGUAUGCACGCAAUAGAUAUAAAGAUACACCGUGGUGCUCCCCUAUCAAGGUGAAAUAUGGCUAUGCAAAUUGCAGAAGUCCUCAGGAAGGGUAUUACAGAAACGUCUUGGGGACCAAAUGUGACAUUCAUUGUCAGAAAGGUUACGAAUUGCACGGUCCUCCACAGCUUAUUUGCCAGUCAAACAAACGCUGGUCUGGGAAAGUCCUCUGCAAACAAAAACGCUGCCCAACACUUUCCAUGCCACCUAAUGGAGGAUUCAAGUGUGUAGAUGGUGCAUACUUUAAUUCCAGGUGUGAGUAUUAUUGUUCACCAGGAUAUCAGUUAAAAGGAGAUCAAGUAGUACAAUGUAUGGAUAACAAAGUUUGGAGUGGAAUACCAGCUUCUUGUGUUGACAUGGAAUCUCCAAGAAUUCAGUGCCCAAGUGUAAAGGAAAAAAUAGCAGAACCCAAUAAAUUAACAUCCCGGGUAUUCUGGGACACUCCAGAGGGACGAGAUACUGCUGAUGGCAUUUUGACAGAUGUUGUCUUGAAAGGACUUCCACCAGGAUCAUAUUUUUCUGAAGGAGAUCACAAAAUCCAAUAUACUGUAUAUGACAGAGCUGGGAACAAGGGAACUUGCAAAUUUUUGGUCAAAGUCAAAGUCAGGCGCUGUGGAAAACUGAAUGCCCCAGACAAUGGCUACAUAAAAUGUUCUGGUGAUGGAAAUAAUUAUGGUGCAACUUGUGAUUUUUCCUGCAUUGGUGGGUACGACUUGCAGGGAAGUCCAGCAAGAGUUUGCCAGUAUAAUUUAGGCUGGUCAGGAACAGAGCCAACCUGUACACCUAUGAAUAUUAAUAUUGGUGUGAGGACAGCAGCAGCUCUUCUAGACCAGUUUUAUGAAAAACGAAGGCUGCUUAUUAUAUCCACUCCUACUGCAGCCAAUUAUUUUUAUAGAAUGCAGUUGGGAAUAUUGCAGCCAGCACAAUGUGGUUUAGAUCUCCGGCAUGUUACAGUGAUUGAGUUGGUUGGGGUUUAUCCAGCACAGCUGGGAAGGAUAGGAUUAAGACUGAUACCUCCUGCCUUGGCUUUACAACUCAGGUUGUUGCUUCGCAUCCCUCACUAUAACUUUUAUAUGGUAGUAGUUGAUAAACAUGGUGUGGACAAAGAACGCUACCCUUUUCCAGCAACUCCUGCUGAGCUCUUUGCACUCAUUGACACUUUUCCUUUGAGAAAAGAAGAGAUGAAAUUGCAAGCUGACAUUGGCCGGUCUUGUCCCUGAUUUCAGACUAUGGACAUUCAGAUGCCAGUAUUUUUGCUGCCUACGUUUUUCUGGUGCUACACAAAGCGUGAGACUAUGGAAGUCACUGCUGUACAGAUCCUUUUUCUUAGUAUGUCUGUGUUUAGCCUAAUGGAUGUUGCAGAAUUUCUUUUCAUUUAACCUAUAAAUGAUGCCUCUUUAUCUUGUCAAAGAUUUAUUUUCUUCUGUGAAAGGUCUUGUAAAGAUACUGAAUUGCUUUGGUUAACACUCCAGAAUAAUGUUACUUCCCAUGUAAAUUUUUUCAUUUCUUUUUACAGAUCUAUUAUUAAUAAAACAGUUUUGCAUUUUA